GUAGUAAAGCACACGUCACCAUGUGUUGUUUUUGUUGAUAUCUGAGACGUUAGCUCGUCUUCAUGGUAGGGUGAGGUUUACUUUCACAGCUGGCGCAGACAUGUCGGCAACACCUCAGACUUUCCCCACAUCAGACGAUAUGUCAGCUUAAAUGUGAGUGUUGGUAUUUGUUUCGGGCAAAAGGUGAGUGUAGCUAAGCUAACGUUAGCUGUGUGACUCAUUGGUGUGUCUUGUCUGCUGGGUCUACAUAAGAUAAUAUAACGCUUUCAAGGUAAUAAAGGUUAAGACUGAGGUAAUCAAAUGUCCAAAUCUACGAAAAUGUCACUGCCACCUGAAUGGGACGACGACGAAAGGAUGAACUUCAUGUUCUCCGACUUCAAGGAGAACCGAGAAGUUAACACGACGGACUGGGACAGCAAGAUGGACUUCUGGACUUCUCUGAUCAUAAAAGCCUGCAGGGACCGAGGCACCGUGUGUGUCAGCCUGCAUGAGCUGAACAAGAGCUUCAGGAGGAAAGAGAAAUCCCCGCUGGGCUUGGGGACUGUCAUCCAGUCUAUGGCCAGAUGUGGUAAGAUCCAGAGGGAGUCUGAGUUUGCUGCCAAUGUGGACUGUGGCUGGCUGUCUUGGGGUGUUGGCCUGCUGCUGGUAAAGCCUCUGAAAUGGACCUUCUCCACUCUCCUGGGAAGCAGCGGGGUGGCCAUAGAGGAGUCCUUUGUUAUCAUUGAACUUGUUAAGGAGAAAGCAGCAGAAUUACUCGGCGUGUACAGGAGCAGUGAAUUUGCAAGCAGCGCCGUCCUUUCUUUUCAAGAGCUCUGCACUCUCUCCGCUGAUGUGUGCGCUGACGAGAGCACCCUGUGCAUGGCUCUCCUGCAGCUACAGAGGGACAAACAAGUGACAGUUUCAUUGCACGAAGGCGAAAAGAUUGUUAAGUUCUGUCAGCCUGGCCAGGAUCGUGUUUCCCAGGUCAGUGAGGUGGAUAUGGGCAUCUACCAGCUGCAGCGCAGUGAGAAGAUGCUGGGAGAGCGGGUGGAGAAACUCGGCCUCGAGGCAGACAAGUGUAAAGAGGAAGCAAGGAUGCUGCUUCGGGAAGGAAAGAAAUCCCAGGCACUGAGGUGUUUGAGAGGCCGCAAAAGGGUAGAAAAGAGAGCGGACAACUUGUGUGCUCAGCUGGAGUCCAUCAGAGGAAUCCUGGACAGAAUAGCCCAGUCACAGACCGAUAAGAUGGUUAUGCAGACAUAUCAGGCUGGAGUGGCCGCUCUGAGACUUUCUCUCAAGGACGUGACGGUGGAACGUGCUGAGAACCUUGUGGAUCAGAUACAGGAGCUAUGUGACACUCAAGAUGAGGUGAACCGGACCAUAUCCAGCAUGGCCAGUGCAGAUGAAGACGUGGAUGAAUUGGAGCAGGAGCUGAAAUCUUUGAUGGACGAAUCCAAACCGGAUUCAAUCUCAGACUUUCCUGAUGUUCCAACAACAGAUCUGCGACCCUCCCGGGAGGCGGGGCUUGCAGGUAUGGACCUGCUGAGCUCUCUGCCUGCUGUACCUUACAGCACCAUGGAUAUGACCGAUGAGCAGCUGGAGGAAGAGUUGAAUAAGUUAACACUUACAGAUUCAGGCUUUGAACAGAAGAAAACAACAUCGCCAGCCAAGAGACUAGAGCCGGCACACUGAACGCACAAGCAAAGCAUGGCCAGUCUGAAGCUCUGCAUCAACAUAUCAAACUCUCCUGAAGCAUUUCUGUGAGCCGGAGUUCAUAGCAGUUUCAAAUCAAGCACUAGAAACUUAAUGAAUGACUUCUACAGUGACGUAAUAGUUGUAAAAUCUAUUUCAGGAUUUAAAAAAAAGAAGCACUUUCUGUUAUCUAAUAAAAACUACAUCAAGAUCUUUACUGUGGAGGCUUACCAAAACGUUUUAAUAAAUAUAUAUAUAUAUUUUUUCUUUGUUAAAUCAUCAACUUGAAGUCUUUAGAUUGACUCUGCCAUCAAAAUUCAAAAGGUCUCGAGUGAAAAAACAUUUUAAUGGUUUAAAAUAUUCUCUUUGGUAUGCCGCCACCAGUGAAGCUUUUAUUUUUUGCUAUAUUAUUGACAGUGAGAGAACAACUGUGUCUGUGUUAGUGUUUUAAAAUGUACUAUAAAGUGUACUCAUUGGCCUUUUGACCUGUAAAUAUGAAAGUAAAGAGAGUGCUUUGCCAAAUGAAUGAAUGAUCUCAUCAAAUGAACCAUAUACAGUAUUUAGUCCCACUGAAACAUACUAUAUGUGUGAGGACAGAAAAGCCUUCCUUAAGUGAGUUUAAUGAAAUACGUUUCUCAAAAUAAACAUUUAUUUUAAUCAAA